AUGAGUCCCGCAGGCUGUCCUCAUGUGAACGGCUUCAAAGUGGACAACUGGAAGCAGAACCUGAGGCUCAUUUAUCAGUGCUUCGUGUGGAGCGGUUCGACCGAGACCAGAAAACGCAAGGCCAAGUCGUGUGUCUGUCACAUGUGUGGCGCCCACCUCAACAGACUCCACUCCUGCCUCUACUGCGUCUUCUUCGCCUGCUUUUCCAAAAAACACAUCCACGAGCAUGCCAAGAACAAGAGGCAUAACCUAGCUAUCGACCUGCUGUAUGGGGGAAUUUACUGCUUCAUGUGCCAAGACUACAUUUAUGACAAGGACAUGGAACAGAUCGCCAAAGAGGAGCAAAGGAAAGCCUGGAAGAUGCAAGGAGCUGGAGAGAGGUACUCGACGUGGGAGCCCACAAAGAGGGAGCUGGAGCUGCUCCGCCACAACCCCAAGAGGAGGAGAAUCACCUCCAACUGUACGAUUGGCCUGCGGGGUCUCAUCAACCUGGGCAACACGUGCUUCAUGAACUGCAUCGUCCAGGCGCUGACGCACACGCCGCUGCUGCGCGACUUCUUCCUGUCCGACCGACACAAAUGCGAGAUGCAGAGCAACUCGUGCUUGGUGUGUGAGAUGUCCCAACUCUUCCAGGAGUUCUACUCAGGCCAUCGCUCACCUCACGUCCCGUUCCGCCUCCUGCACCUGGUGUGGACUCACGCCCGCCACCUGGCUGGCUACGAGCAGCAGGACGCCCACGAGUUCCUCAUCGCAGCGCUGGACGUUCUGCACCGCCACUGCAAAGAUGACAACGGGAAGAAAGCCAACAACCCAAACCACUGUAACUGCAUCAUCGACCAAAUCUUCACCGGGGGCCUCCAGUCUGACGUCACCUGCCAAGUGUGCCAUGGCGUCUCAACAACCAUCGACCCGUUCUGGGACAUCAGCCUGGACCUGCCGGGCUCCUCCACGCCAUUCUGGCCCCUGAGCCCAGGAGGAGAGAUGUCAUCUCUGAACGGAGAGAGUCCCGCCUGUGGAGCCACGACGCUCAUGGACUGUCUGCGCAGGUUCACCAGACCGGAGCACCUGGGCAGCAGCGCCAAGAUCAAGUGCAGCGGUUGCCAUAGUUACCAGGAGUCCACCAAGCAGCUGACCAUGAAGAAGCUGCCGAUCGUGGCCUGCUUUCACCUCAAGAGGUUCGAGCAUUCAGCCAAACUACGGCGGAAGAUCACGACGUACGUCUCCUUCCCCCUGGAGCUGGACAUGACCCCCUUCAUGGCCUCCAGUAAAGAAAGCCGGAUGAACGGGCAGUACCAGCAGACUGUGGACCCAUUCAACAACGACAAUAAGUACAGUUUGUUUGCAGUGGUGAACCACCAGGGGACGCUAGAGAGCGGCCAUUACACCACCUUCAUCCGGCAGCACAAGGACCAGUGGUUCAAAUGUGACGACGCCAUCAUCACCAAGGCUAGCAUCAAGGAUGUGCUCGACAGUGAGGGGUACCUCUUGUUUUACCACAAACAGUUUUUGGAGUACGAAUAGUUGCAGCCUCGUGGAAGGCAAGACAGAAACACUCCAGUUCCCGCUGGAACCACCCCUCUCUACAUCCUUUACUCGUCCCUCUCUGCUGUGCUGGAUACAACAAAUCAAGAGGACUCAUUCAAAAGGACAGAAAGUAGAAGGGAGGUUUGUGGACUUUACGAUUCAGGGCACGAAGACGACACAAGCUGUGAGAGUUUGCACUUGCUUUCAGAUAACGGAGGAAACGCUUCAGUUUCUCCUCCUAUGAGGCGCAGGAACUUUUUCUUGAUCUUGUUUUGGUUUCAUCCACACCUGGGUUCACCUUCCACAGCUGCUUGCAAACUACCUGCAAGGAUUCACACCGGCAACUUCCUGACACAAGCACAUCUAUCGGACACACCAACGCUCCAGCACCAGACCAAAUCCAGAUGUUGUCUUUGUGAGGCUUUUUGUUUUAAAGUAAAACAAAGAAGUUGAUCGUGUUUCUUAUCGGUGAGUUGAAGCUUGUAAAAUAGGUAUGAUUAGGAAGGAACAGACAUUCACAGAAAACUGGCAGGAAGCGCCUCUCUUCCAGCUUCCAGCACUCGGAGAGGAGGAUCAGAUUAUCCAGUGAAUCUAUUUUUAUACAUCUUGCAUUAAAAUGGUUGUUUAUGGUUCCUCCUGAUAU